AUGUGGCUUAUCCCUAGCUGGUUGUUUAUAGUAAGCUCGCAGGACAAUAUCAAGCGUUUGAUGAAGGCGAUCAACGAACAGAUAGUGUUUUCUAUAGUGUUUUUGAAAUUUAGCUUCUAUGCAAUUCAUUUUCGUUGUUGGGAGCAGUUAUUUUACGAUCUGCAACGUUCGUUCAGCGCCGUUGUGAACAAUCCCAGUCUCGAGAUUCAAACCAUAUUGGGACACGUAACGAAAUCGACCCAUAAGCUCACCAAAUACUAUUGCUCUAUAGUAAGCUUCAACGGUGCUGCGUACGGCUUAUUUCCAAUGUUGUUCAUAGUGGUUAAAUAUGCCGUGACGGGCUCGUACGACGUACCGCUCUCAACACCGAUCGAAGGAAACUAUUUUAUCCCCGGUUUUCGUACAAACUUUUGGGUUUGGUUGCCUUUUAAUUUAGCCCAAAAUGUGGUGCUGCAGUGUCAUAGCCUUGCUGUAAUUAGCAUUGAAUGCUUCACAUGGAAUCUUGUGUAUGCCACAUCCUGUAUGUUUCGAAUCUUGCAAAUCCAAGCCACCGAGCUUUUAGAUCGAAGUCGGGAUAAAAAAGAAUGGAACAUCAAACUUAAAACAUUCAUAGCUCUGCAUGAUUCUGUGCUCAGAUCGGCUAGGACACUGGAAGAAAUUUUGAGCGGUCAGAUAUUAUUACUUUAUGUUUCAACAAUUUUGGCUAUAUGUCUUGGAAUGGUAGUGUUGACCUUGGCCAUCGAAGAUGUUUAUCUGCUGUUAACAACGUUUGUCGCAUUUGGCUACUGUAUGUUUCAAAUGUUUUCCUUCUCCUAUCUCGGCACUGAACUCAUAGAGCAAAGCAAAGCAGUAGCGGAUGGAAUUUUCAAUAGCAAAUGGUAUGAGGAGGAUGUAAAAGUACAAAAAGAUCUUAGCUUCGUACUGAUGCGAGCAAAGAAGCCGGUAAGAUUGACUGCAGCAAAGUUGUUCGUUGUAACACGUGACUCCUUUACCCAGUUGUACUUCUACGUAAUACAUUAUCAACGCUGGGAGAAGCUGUUCUACGAUCUGCAACUUGCGUUUAGCUCGGUUAUGACCAACCCGAGCCCCGAAAUUCAAGGAAUAUUGAGACACGUAACGAAAUCGACCCAUAACCUUACCAAAUACUACAGUUACGUAGUAAAUUUCAACUGUGCAUGGUACGGUAUAUUCCGAAUGUUGUUCAUAGUGGUUAAAUAUGCCGUGACGGGCUCCUACGACAUGCCGCUUUCAACACCGAUUGAGGCGAAGUAUUUUAUCCCCGGCCUGCGUACAAACUUUUGGGUUUGGUUGCCGGUGAAUUUAGGACUAAAUGUACUGCUGGAGUGGCAUAGCUUAGCUUUGGUUUUCGUUGAAAGCUUCAUAUGGAAUCUUGUGUAUGCCACAUCCUGUAUGUUUCGAAUUCUGCAAAUUCUGGCCAACGAGCUUUCAGAUCGAAAACGGAAUGAAGGAACAUGGACAGUAGAGUUUGAAAAAUUCUCCACUUUACAUGAUUCUGUCUUGAGGUAG